CACACAAGAAGAUUUUUUUUUUUGAGAGAAAGGCACACAAGAAGAUUUUAAAAGAAAAAAGCACAGAAGAAAAGACUAUGGAGAGCAGCGGCGAAGCGGCGGCGGCGGCUGCGGCGGCGGCACCACAUGCGGUGUUUUUACCGUUCCCGGCGCAAGGCCACGUCACGCCGAUGCUGAGGCUCGCGAAGCUCCUCCACGCGCGGGGGAGCUUCCGCAUCACCUUCGUCAACACGGAGUUCAACCACGCCCGGCUCGUCCGGUCGCGCGGGCCGGGCGCCGUCCGGGGCGUGGACGGGUUCCGGUUCGAGACCAUCCCGGACGCCCUGCCCCAGUCCGACCGGGACGGGACGCAGGACGUGCCCCAGCUCUGCGCGUCCACCCGCCUCACGUGCGGGCCCCCGCUCAAGGAGCUCAUCUCACGGCACAGCGCCGCGGGGGAUCCGGUGACGUGCGUGGUGGCGGACGGGGCGAUGGGGUUCGCGGUGUACCCGGCGGAGGAGAUGGGGAUCCCCGUCCUGAUCUUCUUCACCCCUAGCGCCGGCGGGGUGCUGGGGUACAUGAACUAUGCAGAGCUCGUGAGGAGAGGCUACGUCCCGCUAAAAGAUAAGAGCUACUUAACCAACGGCUACCUCGACACUCCCCUGGACUGGAUCAGGGGCAUGAAGAACAUUCGCCUCCGCGACAUUCCGUCCUUUAUCCAGACCACUGAUCCCGACGACAUCAUGCUCAACAUCAACAUCAUGCAGUCCGAGGACGAUGCCCCCCGUGCAUUCGGAAUUAUCCUCAACACGUUCGACGCCCUCGAGCACGAUGCCCUCGCCGCCAUUCGUUCCAGGCUCCCCAACCUCUACGUCAUCGGUCCGAUUUCUCUUCUGUCUCAUAGUAUCCCGCCGACAGCCCCUUCUUCCUCCAUCGGGUCCAACCUUUGGAAGGAAGAUAACAACUGCAUAAAAUGGCUAUACACACAGGUUGCAGGAUCGGUGGUGUACGUGAACUUCGGGAGCAUCGCGGUCAUGACAAGGGACCAGCUAGCAGAGUUUGCAUGGGGACUAGCAGCCACCAAGUCGCCGUUCCUAUGGGUGGUGCGACCUGAUCUCGUCGGUGGUGAUAAGGCAGUAUUGCCAGAAGGGUUUGUAAAGGAGACAGAAGGAAGGGGAUUGUUGGCGGAGUGGUGCAACCAAAAGGCGGUACUGGCCCAUCCAGCGGUUGGUGGUUUUCUCAGCCACUGCGGGUGGAACUCCACGUUAGAGAGCAUACACCAGGGGGUGCCGAUGAUAUGUUGGCCGUUCUUCGCAGAGCAGCCGACGAAUUGUCGGUACUUGUGCACGGAGUGGGGGAUGGGGAUGGAGAUUGGGAGUGAUGCGACGAGAGGGGAGGUGGAGAGAAUGGUGAGGGAGUUGAUGGGUGGGGAGAAGGGGAGGGAGAUGAGGGAGAAGGCCAGGGAGUGGAAGUUGAAGGCUAGAGAAGCAACUGAGCCCAGUGGAUCUUCCUUUGUAGAUCUUGAGAGGUUGGUGGAGGACUUGGCCUCUUUCAGCAAGAGUAAGAGGCAGUGAACGUUGUUUUUCAUAUUGCUUCACUUUUAAAUUUUGUAUUUAGCUUGUAAUUUUAAUGUGGGGGAUUAAAAACCAUCACAAUGUCCUCUGAUGCUUAGUUACUUGGAGCUUGCUCACUGAAAUAAUGAACAAGAAAAUACAUUAUCAAUUUGCUUAAUCCAUGCAUUACUUAAUAUUUUAAAA